AUGGGCGACGCUUCAGUCUUCAAAUACCCCUCUCCCUUGACCGGGUAUGAGAAUGCCCCACCAUUGCCAGACGAGAAGGCAGCAGAUGGGAAGAGUUAUGUGAAUCCCCCGUCGGAAAAGCUCAGCGAAGCAUAUGAGAAGUUUGUAGAUCCAUUGGAUCGAAGUCGGCGUGGUGGCUUCGACAUUCAUAUCUACUACCUACAAACAAACAAAACGCAGACCAAGUACGCCAAGGAACUGUGGGAGAGAAUCCGAAGAGAGUUCCCCGAACUACGAAUCUACAAGUUCUGGGAGGGACCAAUUGGACCUCAUCCGAUCGCUAUGUUUGAAGUCAACGUAUUCUCGCCCGCUCAGUUCGGUGCUUUCGUCGCGUGGCUUGCAGUUUGGAGAGGACCUCUGUCAGCUCUGAUUCACCCGAAUACUAUCCCCGAAGAGGGCGUGAAUCACUGGGCGUCGGAGAAGAGGGACCAUUUGGAGAGGGCCAUCUGGAUGGGGGAAAGACUUCCAUUGGAUGUUAGUCUUUUCAACAGAGAGGAUUAG